CACAACAAUAACAACAACAAACACAACCAACAUCCUCCACCUGACCCAUUCCAAUCCACCUCGCCGCUCCUCGACCUGCUGCACACAUACAUUACCCGCCGCUAUUCCACCAUCCCAUUGCCACUGCGAGUACAUCCUCCGCCGAGCAUUUACCUCCGAUCACAUCGGCCUUGUCGCGAUUCUGCACACGAGCCGCAUGAGGGACGCGGCGAUCGCCCGCCGGAUGACUGACUGAUUACCAUGGGCAUCGUCUCGAGCAGACCAGACGAUGGAGCGUCAAUCUGUCUGAGCGACCAGGCGCGCUUCUCCAUUGCUAGUAUCAUCGUCACCAAUUCGCGCGGCCAGACAUUGCUCCGAGUGGCCCCCAACGCCUAUCCCGCAACGCGAUUCAGUGCCUCAAAGGACACAGGCGACGACAGUCCACUCAAAUAUGUCCAAGAUCCCGAGAGCCUGCUUACUGGCAUGCCCGCAUUCUUGAUCCGUCUCUCGAACACGGACGAGCUCAACUUCCAUUUCCUAUUCAUCCUGCGACAGCAAGGGCAGUCCGCGGCGAAUUCGAAUAGCACAUCGCCAACCGCAACGACAUUCGAUACUACAAUAUCAGGGCUCACCUAUGUCUUCGCAUCAACACCCAAAGAGGUCGACCACCUGGUCGUGCGCGAGUUCCAUACGGACCCGAAUCUGCACAAGAACGCGAAUGUCCAGCUUGUCGGAGACUUUUCAACGGCGGGGAAUGCCAGCGUGCAGUUCGGCUGGAGCUGGAAGUGGCGGCCACCGAAGCAGUCAGAGGAUCGAGGAGGUGGUUGGCGCAAUAGUUGCAGUUUUGUGGAAUACAAUCAGCGCUCGCACAAGCUGGAGACACUCGCGAGCUUCAGCUUCUGGGUACAGAACACUCAGCGCAUUCUAAGUGCAUCUCCACGAUCGCCCAUGCUCAACGUCGACUUGCCCAACAUGCCUGCGAGGCUGCGAGUACCGUCUACUCAAUCGAUCGAGUCGAGGGUCAGUAACGUGAGUGAUUCCGAGGGCGAGAGCAACUAUCAAGACCACAAAAACAAAGACAUGCCUCAAUCGCCGACGUUCGAGCCCAUCCCGGAGAACGGUCUGGGUCUGAUACCCACUCUGACGGCGCAGUCUAUGGCAGGCUUGGUCAAAGUGGACGUAGCGACAUGCAAGCCGGGAGAAGAUCCGUCUCUUAACGAAGAUGGGCCGCUCUUCCGAGCAACGAUGCGGUCACUCGAGCAAAAGACUAGUAAUAUGAGAACACGCAUGAAGAAGGUGCUGAAGACCGCCGAAGCCGCCGAGUCUGCUCAGCAGGCGUGCAAUCAAGCUGUUGCAGACUUCACCAACGCGUUGCGAGAUGCAGCCACGUCGAAUGCCAAUGCGGUCCAACCGGCAUUGGAUCAUUACUUCGAGAAGAUUGCGAAGGAGAUAUUACAUUACGAGAAACAGAAUACCGUCAACUUGCAGAAGCUCAUUAUAGAGCCCGUGAGUAAGUUGUACAACUUCGAGAUCAAGCAGGCAGACAGCAAGAAGCGGGAGUUCGAGGAAGAGAGCAAGGACUACUAUGCCUUCGUGGGCAAAUACCUUGGCCAGAGGACAGAAUCGCUCAAGGAGAAGAAGGUUGUCCGAAGUGACGAAAAAUACCAGUCCAAGCGAAGGACGUUCGAGCUCAAGCGCUUCGACUACUCCAGUUUCAUGCACGAUUUGCACGGCGGGCGAAAAGAUCAAGAAGUUCUAUCGCAUCUGACCAAGUACGCCGACGCACAGGCAAAGAGCUAUCUCACGACAGCCAAGAAGGUCGAAGAGAUGGUUCCUCAGCUCGAUGCAUUGGUCGCAGAGGUCAGGAUGGCAGACCAAGACUUCAAGCUGUUGCGCCAGGAACGAGAAGAGAAGCGUCGCGCGCUGGAGACGAGCACCAAGUUGACGAGCGAGGAUGGCAACGUUGCGCCGACCGGUGGCUUGACUCAUUCUACAGCAAACCGAGACUCACUUCGACCCGGCGACCUUCAUCCGACGAGAUCCACAAGCCUCAGUGGCAGCGCGAUACUUUCACAAUCACCUCCAAGCGCGGGUGGCCUCGCUGCACAGCAGCCAACCAGCAAUGGUCUGCUGAGCACACCUGCAAGCUCCACGUCGACUACUGCCGCGAGUCCGGCCAGCAAAUUCAAGGGGAUACGCGAUCUGGAGGAUAAUUCGGGUGCCACGGCGAACGGCGGGGCAAUGCGAAAGGAAGGCCUGUUAUGGGCGCUGAGCAGACCUGGUAGUCAUGUCGACCCUAAAGGCAUCACCAAACCUGGUUGGCACAAAUUCUGGAUUGUACUUGAUCAAGGAAAGCUCUCGGAAUAUGUGAACUGGAAAGACAAGCUUGACCUGCACAUGGAGCCCAUCGAUCUUCGAAUGGCUUCAGUGCGAGAAGCACGCAACGCCGAUCGACGCUUUUGCUUCGAGGUCAUUACGCCGCAAUUCACGCGUGUCUACCAAGCGCCGUCGGAGGAUGAUUUGCGUGCAUGGAUUGGGGCCAUCAAUAACGCAUUGCAGAGCGCGUUCGAGAAUAAGAAUCAGCCGCUCCCUGCAUCUCCAUCGCCAGCUGUCAACUCCCAUCGCAAGGACAUCGCUGCAGUCCUGACCGGCAAGAGCUCAUCGUUCUCAGGUCACAGGCAAGUUUCGAAUCCCAAUCGGCACUCUGCCUCUGGCGCCGUGAGCAGGCAUGCUACCACUGGCGACAAGCCUGCCUACAAGCGAGUCGACUCGGAGCCGGAGCCAUCUGCGCUUCUUCAGCGUAUCAAGAAUGCUGAUGAGGGCAAUCGAGUCUGCGCUGAUUGCGGAUCCGACGCAAAGGUGGAUUGGUGCUCUAUCAACCUGGGCAUAUUGCUGUGUAUCGAAUGCAGCGGGAUACAUCGCUCCCUAGGCACACACAUCUCCAAGGUGCGUGGCUUGACGCUGGACACAUCUUUUGCCACACAUGACAUCGUCGAGGUCUUGCUUCUCAUUGGGAAUCGUGUUAGCAACAUGAUCUGGGAAGCCAAACUGGAUCGCUUCCUGAAACCUUCGCCGCACUCGACGAGAGACCAGAGACUGCACUUCAUCACCGCAAAAUACAGCGACCGCACGUACGUGCAAACUCCAGCAGCGCCAAUGUCGCCGGACGAAUACCUCUUGACCAGUAUUAAGAAGAAUGAUAUCCAGAGUGUUCUUCACGCCCUGGCACUGCGAGCUAAUCCCAACGCUCAUGAUCGAGUGCGAGCAACACACGCUGUCUAUUUGGCUCUAGCAGCUGCGGACCCCGCGGCUCCUGCUAGCGGUUACACGUCCAGCAUCAGAGCCACUUCUGGUUCUUCGGUCACCGCACCUCCACGUCCCUCAAGUCCUCUGCCUCGAAAGCCGUUCCCUUUGGCAGAGGUCCUUCUGCAAAAUGGCGCCGACAUUCCAUCAGAGCCUUCGCCGUUUCCACUCUCCGACCACGCCAGAAUGUACCUCGAGCUAAAGAAAGAGCAACGCUUGGGCAAGACUGAAUCAAGCGCAGGCAUGGAAGCCAAUGGCGAUAAUCUCAUGCCUCUGCCAACUGCUGCUAUGGGGGCAUCGCCUAGUGCUAGUCUAUCCCGGGAUCGAGACAAGCUUCUACAUCGAAACAGCAGUGGACGGCCCAAGAGUCGAGCGUCAGAUGCCAUUGAGGGCUUCGUGAAGAAGUAGCACUUCGUUCCUCUUACUGGCGCGGUGCCAUGUUUUCUCGGGGCGGAAGUGAUGGCUACUAACAGGAGUGGCAGAUACGGACCAUGCGAAGUGCCCGAGCGCGCCAUUCGUCGUGCAAAAUCACUCAAAGAGCGAUCGAAAGCACAUUGCAGAAGCAUGGACGGUGCUGCUGAUAUUUUGGUGGGAUGCGAGACGACUUCUUCGAUUGCUCCCUUCAAGCUCUUGCCGGGCGGCAUGAUCAUGCUGGGCAUUCGAGAGAGGAUAUCUGACCUGCGAAGACGGGCCUUGUCCGACCCGGCGAGAUUGGAGGCAGGUACAAGAAGGGCGAACUUGCUUGAGACUGGUAAUGGUGGUGUCAAGAAUACAUGAUGGUCUUCUCGGUACGAAGUCGGAAUGAUGAAUGCGUCAAUGAAAUGAGUGCGUCGAGCGUGGUGGGGGCGGCUUCUUUUGUUUUUGUUUUUAACAUGGCGAAUUGCGGAGCGAGAUGAUACCCAUGUCUUGUCCAGGGAACUGGACUAAUCAUUCUUCUCCUGGACAA